AUUAACGGUAAAUGUUAAAUGCCUCUACAGAUACCUUGAUAUAUGAAAUAAUUGAUAGUAAGUGGACGUAUUGUUCCUUUUAACGCUUGUGUCGCAUGUAAAUUGCGUCACGGCACGAGUCCUAGUGCAGUUUUAAAGUGCCGGAGCCAUAAGCAAAGCAAACUGAAGUCAACUAUGGCUGUAUCUUCUGAACUCGUAACACAUAUAUGUCAUCACAUAUUGCUUAUAACAAAAUAAUAGUCGUAUACGCGCCUUUGCAGCGGAACUACGUCAACCAUAAUUCUUUGCUGUCACGUCUAAGAACACACGAAAAGGUCAAACCUCAACCGGCAAGUAAGAACGGCAGCGCGCGUAGAGACACUGUGUUUUCGAUGGCCAGGCGACUCGUCAGAAUCUCAUCUUUGGCCACUGUGGCGUUUGGUGCUUCUGGGUUUUUCUUGUACAACACACGCGUGGACCUCAAUGACCUGAGUUUGGUUCGCUUUGGACGAGCUGCAGCCACUACGGCGGUCAUCAGUUAUGACUACCUGACGGCCUUCAAGGAGGUGGAGCACGGAACAGAAGAAUACUGGGCCUUGAAGUCCAAGGUGCAUCGUCGAUCUGCAGAGCGUCUUCGUGAUUUAUGCUGUGCCAACCGAGGUACGUUCAUCAAGGUGGGUCAGCACCUCGGUGCCCUGGACUACCUGCUUCCUGAGGAGUAUACGUCCACGCUGAAGGUGCUCCACAGCCGGGCUCCACAGAGCAGCAUGGAGGAGAUCCAGCAGGUCAUCAGGGAAGACCUGGGCAAGGAGGUGUCAGAGUUAUUCGCCUCAUUUGAGGAACGUCCUCAAGGUGCGGCCUCUUUAGCGCAGGUCCACAGGGCAGUGCUGCAUGACGGGCGGACCGUGGCCGUUAAGGUCCAGCACCCCAAGGUCCAGAGGCAGAGCUCCAGGGACAUAAUGGUGAUGGAGGUGCUGGUACGAGCAGUCCAUUGGCUCUUCCCUGACUUCUCCUUCGUGUGGCUGGUGGAGGAGGCCAAGAAGAACAUGCCACUGGAGCUGGACUUCCUCAACGAAGGGCGCAACGCCGAGCGCGUGGCCGCCAUGCUGGGACACUUCCCCUUCCUGAAGAUUCCUAAGAUCCAUUGGGAUCUGUCCACUAAGAGGAUCCUCACCAUGGAGUUUGCUGAAGGGGGGCAGGUCAACGACAGGGACUACAUGGAGAAACACAGCAUCAAUGUCAACAAGAUCUCAGAGAACCUGGGGAAGCUCUACAGCGAGAUGAUCUUCGUCCAUGGCUUUGUUCACUGUGACCCGCACCCGGGCAACGUGCUGGUGCACAAGUGCCCCCAGACCAAGCAGACGGAGAUCGUCCUGCUCGACCACGGCCUCUAUCAGGUCCUGGAGCCCGACUUCCGGCUGAACUACUGUCGACUGUGGCAGUCUCUGAUCAACGGCGACAUGUCGGGGGUGGAGCGCUACAGCCGCCGACUGGGAGCGGGAGACCUGUUCCCACUGUUCGCCUGCGUGCUGACUGCUCGCUCCUGGACCAGCGUCAACGCCGGCAUCAGCUCGGUUCCUGUCACAGCCUCUGAGGAUGUUGAGAUCCGGACCAAUGCGUCUCUGUACCUGCCUCAGAUCAGCGACCUGUUGAACCGGGUGCCUCGUCAGAUGCUGCUGCUGCUGAAAACCAACGACCUGCUGAGAGGCAUAGAAACCACUCUGCAGACCAGAGCCUCCUCCUCCUCCUUCAUCAACGUGUCUCGCUGCUGCGUACGAGCCGUGGCCAGGCACAAGAGGAGCAAAGCGCGGUCCAGGAGGCGGCGUCUGCAGAUCACACUGGACGAGUCUCUGAGCCUGUGCAGGCUCAGUGUGUACGAACUGCUGCUGUGGGUGAAGAGCUCCACCCUGGGUCUCUGGCUCACGGCUCUGCUGAGGCUCCUGCAGUGACAGGAUCAGCUCUGUGGGCGUCAAUGCAGCCGCUGUCACCUCAAAAUAUCAGAAUGUCUGUAUGUAGUUUGGUUUCACUGCCAUUCAACAUUAAGCCACAUUUGAUUUCUCUUACAAAAUUCUAUUCACGUGUACAAUAUUUAACUUUUCAUGUCAGAAAUAAUAUUCUUAUUUUAGGAUGAUUAUAUUCACACACACUCGACCACCUACAGGCCUCAGUGUCAGUAUUUGAACCUAGACUCUACUUCCUAGAGCAGGAAGUAGCUUUAUUUUUCUAUUUAUUAUACAAUAAUGGAUCAGGUACUGUAUCGUUGCUCAAUGCUGUACAUUCAUUCCAAUAGUCGACUUGAUCUUAUUGACGUGUGGAAUGAUUCUUUUCUCCCUUUUUCUGGGAAGUUGUUGUUUCCCUACAGCUCCAACAUAUGAAACUAUGGGAUUAACUUGGCUACUGUUACUGAAUGUGACUCUGGUCCGUUUGGAGCCUGGCUUUAAUUCUUUUCCAUCCUUCCGACAUCUUAAUAGAUUUUCCGUCCAGGCUUUGCUUUAAGGACUUAGUUUCACCACUUUAAAACAUCACCUGAAGCCAGAACCUGUGGUGUGUUGCUCUGAAUGUCAGUCACCAGUCUUAUUCCUGACGUAUGUGGAAACGGCUCUAAAUGCUGACGCAUGUUGCUUGGUUACGGUUCUGUCACGAAGGGACGACGGCGCUAAGUACAGCAAAUCUGCACAAGGUCAUCCACAUUGUGAAAACCUGCGAGGAACCAUCUUCUCCUCUUUGUUCUACUCCAGAGGUGGUGUCCCUGCUGGUUUUCCAACUCCAGCUCAACCAGCAAGGGACUGGUUUGAGUUCGACACCCCUGUUCUAUUCCAACAUAAAAGCCGGCAUUAAAACUUAUUUUUUUUUUCUUAUUUGCUGGAAGGCUCCUCCAGGUGGCGUCAGCACAAUGUUUGUCCUGUUCACAUUGUGUUCCCAUCAGAACCUGCUUCUCUGGCUUUAAGUCAGAGGAGCAGUUGUGUUUAAACAAACAUCAUUGUCAUAAGCGUUUAUGUUGAGUUAUCGAUUGCCUGUUCUUCAUGAAGGAUACUUCCUGUAGUCCUGAUAUGUUAAUUGAUGGAUGGUUUAUCUCCAUCACUCUACGGAUCAGUGGACCAGGGCGACUGGCAGCCAAAAGCCUGAGGAGAGUCUUUACUCAAGAGGUUUUGUAUCAGCCGCUUUGGGGACGUUUUUAGUCUUCAUUACCAUAAUUCCAUUUGUUCCUGAUGAAGUCCAGUUGUGGUUCCCGGUCCAGACACUGAACAGUGGUUUUGCUGUAUGAUCUGACUGAUGUUUGUGUUGGUACAGAGGAAUUGAUCACUAACAAGGAGUUAGAGACUUUGCAAUGAAAAGCCUUCAGCACCACAGACUAAAGGCAUGUGAAGCCUAAGGUUUUGCUGCAGCUGACCUUUGUGUGAAGUGUGAAGAAAAAAUGAAAAAUAGAAAGUGGGAUUUCAUAUUUAAGAUGCUCCUGUGUAAUAUUUGAAGAACAGUCAUCAAAUCUUGGAACAUAUAUGUAUAUCAGCAAUGAAAAUGUAAAAUGGUGCUUAAAAUAAAUAACGUGACAACAUUAA